GCUGAGAGCUUCCCCCACCUGCAGCACCCACCAGGUACUCACUUGGGCCCCUGGGUGCCCACUCUGCUUCCAGAGGGUGCUUGCCGUGUUCCCUUCUUCCUAAGUGCCUAGAGGGGGCCUGGGGUGCUGUGCCCCUCUGGCAUCCCUCUUGGGUGCUGGGAUUUCCUCACCAAGCUUGUCCUCCGUGUGACACGCAUAGGGGUUGUCCUGGUUGGCAUUUGCGCCCUGCUUGGGACCUAGAGCAGCACGGUCCACGGCAGGUUGCACUGAGCUAGUUUGUGCCCCUCGGUACUGGAUCCAUCGCAGGGAGAGGAUUCUGGCAUGUACACCCCAGGUGGCUCUGGGUUGCCUGGAGGGCGCAGGCGGAGAGGCCAGAGUGGAGGUGCCCUGCCAAAGCAGCCAGAGAGGAGCCUGGCUUCUGCGCUGCCCGGCGCCCUGUCUAUCACAGCCCUGUGCACUGCGCUGGCAGAGCCUGCCUGGCUACGGAUUCACGGGGGGACCUGUUCCCGUCAGGAGCUGGGUGUAGCUGAUGUACUUGGCUAUGUUGAUCCAGAAUUGCUUAGAGACUACUGCAUGAAUCCACAGACAGUCUUGUUGCUCCGGGUCAUCGCUGCUUUCUGUUUCCUUGGAAUAAUCUGCAGCCUUUCAGCUUUCCUGCUGGAUGUUUUCGGACCCAAGCAUCCUGCGCUGAAGAUCACUCGGCGCUAUGCCUUUGCUCACAUUCUCACAGUUUUGCAAUGUGCCACUGUGAUUGGAUUCUGUUACUGGGCCUCGGAGCUGAUUCUUGCGCAGCAGCAGCAGCACAAAAAAUACCAUGGAUCUCAGGUCUACGUCACCUUUGCUGUCAGCUUUUACCUGGUGGCGGGAGCUGGCGGAGCCUCCAUCCUCGCUACUGCUGCCAACCUGCUGCGCCACUACCCAACCGAGGAGGAGGAGCAGGCACUGGAGCUCCUGUCCGAGAUGGAGGAGAAUGAACCUUACCCAGCGGAGUACGAAGUGAUCAACCAAUUCCAGCCGCCUCCUGCUUAUACGCCAUAAUGCUGCUUUCUCCCAGGCCCCCAAAUCUAACUGCCCACCUCUUUUUGGGAAUGCACUCCCUUGCCCAUGGAGGCCACUCAACAGUGCCUCACUUCCCAGGCACCUUGCUCACUCUUAUGCUCUUCUACCCACAAGGGAGAGGACUUGCUUUAGAGAGUCAAAUGACCAGCGGUUUCUUCUUACAGAGCCCCCAAAACCUCCUUGUUUUAUGGACUUUGUUUUGUG